CAUCAUGGCCGAGGCAACUCAGGAGUCGCCCUUCGAGGUGGUGGGGAUCCAGGCGGACAUCUACGAGCUGGCGUGCAAGUCUACCACCGGCAAGGAGCAGCUCAGGAUGUUCUACAAGGGCCACAGCGGGGCAUCGCAGACUGGCAAGGGUGCCGUUCCUGUGCCCACUCCCUUCACAAACCCGCCAGAGAACCUCAGCCCCGCUCUCCUUUGGGCGCGCCCCAAGCGCUCACAUGCAGCGCCCCUGCCUGUACCCCGUGCACACUCCAGGGCAGACGUGGAAGUCGGGGAGCGAUCCAUCAACUGGGGGCUCCUGAAGCAGAUGGAAUCUUCAGUGGAAGAUAUCCUCAGCAGCAUCAGCCGACUUUCGGGAGGGAAACGAGCCCCUGCACAGGGCCAGAACGAGUUGGCCAGCAAUCAGAGCCAGCCCGACAGUGUCUGA